UCCAGCCCUCCACUUCACUCGCAUAUCUUCUUUUUGAGCUUCUUCUCGAAGCAUAUCUCAACUCUCGUCUCUCUCCCUUUUGCAUAUUCUCUAAUGGCUGCACCUGAAGGUAAAACUGAAGCCAAAACUGAAGCAAAACCAGAAGCUAAAGAAAAAGAAGCUGAAGAAGCUGAUCUCAAGUGCAAGGCUUGGGUGUUGAGAGUCUCUAUUCACUGUGAAGGUUGCAAAAAGAAAGUGAAGAAGAUCCUAACAAACAUUGAUGGUGUUUACAGGACAGAAAUUGAUUUGAGACAACAAAAAGUAACUGUUUUUGGAGAUGUAGACGCCGAGACUUUGAUCAAAAAGCUUGAAAAGAAGUAUGGUAAACAUGCAGAGUUAUGGCCAGAACAAAAAGAGAAGAAGAAAAGCAAAUCAAAGAACAAAGAGAAGCAACAGCAACAAAAUGAUCACGAGAGCAGUGAAGAAAAUAAUUCUGCGGAAAAAGAAACGGGGAAGGUUGAAGGUCAAGGACAAGACUCUUCAAAACAGAACGAAAACAAUGGUGGUAAAAGUAAUGGUGAUGGUGUUCAUGUUGUGAAGAUAUGUGAAGGUGGUGCAACUUCAACCAGUAAGUCUGGUGGACAGGUGAAGGAGGUGAAGAAUGAGGUGAAACAGGUUGUGAUGUUGCCGGCCGGUGGCCAGUCUCCGGUUGCUGAGAAGAAAGUUGGUGGAGAAAGUGAAGGUGGUGCUGAGAAAAGUGGUGGUGGUGGUGGUGGUGGUGGUGGGGGUAAAAAGAAGAAAAAGAAAGGGCAUAAAGGGAAUAACAAUAAUAAUGUUGGUGAAGGUGAAGCCGAACCUUCUAGUAAUGCACCUGCAGGUACUGGAUCACCAGUUCAUGUUCAUGGUCAUGGUCCUGGUCCUCAUGGGCCUAGUGUUCAAGGCCCUAUUCCAUCUACGGCCAAUUACAGCCCGCCACGUCAGCACGGGUAUCAAUAUCCACCACCACAUUACUAUCCACCCCCUGUUUAUGCUGUGAGUUACAAUACAGCCCACCCCAGCACUGGUUAUAGUACUUCAUAUUAUGCGGCAGCACCGACGACAACAUAUACAUAUGCGUACACGAAUCCAGGGGUUGGAAACGAACCUGCACCGUCGGAUUUUGACUCGUACUCGUACUCGUACCCGCCACAACCUUCCGGUUCAUUCGAGAUGUUUAGCGAUGAAAACCCAAAUGCAUGUUCAAUUAUGUGAUGAACUAUGAGUGAAACGAUGCAUUUGGACAUUAUUUUGAAUUAUGAACUUAUACUACUUGUAUAAGUGUAAUGCAGGGAUGAUUUUGACAUUUUGUAAUGUUAUGUAGAUAUGAAAGUAAGAUUUGUAGUUUUGAGUUAGGGUUUAAAAAAAUAAGAGAGGCCUUUGGGGUUUUGCUUUA